AUGUCUACCUUUGGAUCCCUUUUCCGCGUAACUACCUACGGUGAGAGUCACUGCGCCUCUGUAGGUGCAAUCAUCGAUGGAUGCCCUCCUGGACUGGAGCUAUCUCCACAAGACAUUCAGGUGCAGCUGAGUCGCAGAAGACCUGGACAGAGCAAUCUUACCACACCUAGAGAUGAGAAGGACCUUGUGCAUGUGCAAUCUGGUAUUGAGCAAGGUGUCACCCUUGGAACGCCUAUAGGCCUCCUCGUAAAGAACGAGGAUCAACGUCCAAAGGAUUAUUCUGAGACAGAUUUGUACCCUCGCCCGAGUCACGCAGACUACACCUACCUCGAAAAGUAUGGUGUAAAGGCUAGCAGUGGAGGCGGACGUAGCAGCGCACGAGAAACUAUCGGUCGUGUUGCAGCGGGUGCGAUUGCUGAAAGAUACCUCAAACAGGUGUUUGGCAUUGAAAUCGUCGCAUUUGUCAGUUCAGUUGGCAAGAUCCACCUGCCGUCCAAUGUGGCACCACCAUCCCUUACGGCAGUGGAUGGGGACGAGGACAAUGAUGAUGCAGUAGAUGCGUUAACACCUGAAUUUAGACAGUUACUAGCUACGAUUACCCGGGAGGAGGUUGACAAGCAUCCCACACGCUGCCCUCAUCCAGAAACUGCAGAACGGAUGACAAAGCGCAUCAUUCGCGCUAAAGAUUCUAUGGACUCUAUUGGCGGGACAGUGACGUGCGUCAUUCGUAAUGUCCCGUCAGGUCUUGGAGAGCCAGUUUUCGACAAGUUCGAAGCGAAACUUGCGCAAGCUAUGAUGUCGAUUCCUGCCACGAAAGCUUUCGAGGUCGGCUCUGGCUUCAGAGGAACAGAGGUUCCCGGAAGCAAGCAUAAUGACUCUUUUGUCUUAAAAGACGGUAAACUCGGCACUUCCACUAACUGGAGUGGUGGUAUCCAAGGAGGCAUCACCAAUGGCGAAGACAUCUACUUCAGGAUCGGGUUUAAGUCACCUGCAACCAUAUCGCAAGCACAACACACCGCGCAGUACGAUGGUACACCAGGGACACUCGCUGCUCGCGGGCGUCACGACCCUUGUGUUGUCCCUCGUGCUGUUCCCAUCGUUGAGACCAUGGCAGCCAUUGUCGUCAUGGACCAGCUGCUCAUUCAAAACGCACGCAAGACUGCCGCUGGGCUGCUCCCUCCUAUCACAACGCUCCCACCCACCAUGGUGAUGCCAUCGCAUUGA